AUGGCUGUUAGCGAACCAAUGAUCGUUUCAAAGUCGUUGCCGACCAUCCACCUCGAUCUCCUUCGAUCGGAGAAUGCCACCGAGAGCCGGAACCUGCUCGAAGCUUGUCGAGGCCAUGGAUUCUUCUAUCUGGAUUUGACGAGCGACCUAGAACUUUGCAAUCUGUGGGGAGAGAUGCUCAAGAACAUGGAGAGUUACUUCAAACAGCCCCUUCAGGUCAAGAUGCAAGACGCCCGUGGGAGUGAUAACUUUGGUUACGAGCCUAUGGGCACGGAAGAGGGUCCCAACCCAAAGACGAGAGACGGUUACGAAUCUCUCAAGUUUUCCCGUCGAGAAUUUCUCAAGGGGUCGUCCGACCUCACGACCUCGGUUCGCUCCCAGGAAGAUUGCUUCUUCUCCUUCAUCAAGCACUCUCACGACAUUACCCUCAUGAUCCUCUCGCACCUCUCGUCGCAGCUUGGCCUCACGGGCGCCUCGCGCUUCGAGGCCCACCACGCGGACCCAGGCCCGUCACUCUCGACGCUCGGCCUCCUGCGCUACCCCAAGCAUGAAAGGUUGGCCGACGGCACGACGGCGGCGCCCAAGAACGUCGGUCACAACAAGCACACCGACGUUGGCUCCCUCACCUUUCUGCUCGCCGCGCAGUGGGGCCUUCAGUUCCUCUCGCUGACGUCGAAGCGAUGGGAGUUCAUCGAGCCUCGCCCCGGGCACGCCAUCAUCAACGUCGGCGACAGCCUGCGGUUCCUGUCGGGCGGGGAGCUCGCCAGCGUCGUGCACCGCGUCGUGCCGCUGCAGAAGACGCAGGACGAGGAUCGCUACAGCAUUGCGUACUUUCUGCGCAUGAACGACGGCGGAAUCUUCCGCGACACGACGGGCAAGACCUGGACGGCGGAUGAGUGGCACGACUUUAAGUUUGGUGUCUUCAAGAACCCCAGCGUGCUGGACGCCAACGGGAAAUUUUUAACCGGCAUGAUGAUUCAGGAGAGCGAUAAGUUGAUUGGGAGUGAAAGUCAGAUCGCCCUUACGGUAUGA